UCUCGUGAAACUGAAAAAAAUAUUGUAAAAAGAAAUGCCCUUUGGCGGCUUCUAGCCUCCCUCCCUAUCUCCCCCCUUCCAUCCCUAAUAUCAGUCUCGCCAUGUUGUGUGUGUGUUGUGUUACGUUAUUGUAGGUUGUAAAAUUUCCUGAGUUAAAUAUAUCUAUAUUUAAUUGCUUUUAAUGUAAAUUUAUCAAUAUGGAUUUAAAAUGACUCAUGCAUAUGAUAAUACAAAUGGAGCGAGUCUUGAAGAUUGUCAUACUAAUUUCUUUGCGCUGGCUGAUCUUAAUGGUAUAAAAUGGCGCCGAUUGUGUGUGGAUUCUGUUUUUAUUGACCCUCUUGAAGAUCCUGUUUUAAAAUCAUACAGCAAAUGCUUGUCAGCAGGAAUACUUUCAGUUUGGCGAAAAAUUCUGGUUCAGAGAGCUGGAAUUCACCAAACUGUACAAGAAAGUAACAGCCUAUCUUGUUUUAAAGAACUCUGGAUAUUUUGGUAUGGCGAAGGACCUGACUUUUCUGUACUUGUUGAGCCUUCUUUGACAGAAGCUGAACAGGGAUCAUGGGAGAGUGGAUUAUCGUAUGAAUGCCGCACACUACUCUUUAAGGCUUUUCACAAUUUGAUUGAAAGAUGUUUCCUCUCUCGAGGGUAUACAAGGCUUGGCAGAUUUUUUGUACAGCCCCAAGUCCUUCCUAUAACUAAAAAAAAUAGGAAACAAAUUGCAUUUUCCCUUCAUUUUUUUAUCCAUGGUGAAAGCACUGUUUGUACAAGUAUAAAUGCUAGACAAGUAUCAGCUGUUUACGUCCUUGACAAGUGCCAUAUAACUGCUGCUCAAACUGGGCAGAAAAAGGUUAAAGUUAUACUCAGUCCAUAUGGAAUGGAAGGUAAAUUGACUGGAGUUGCUUACAAGUACAAUGAUCCUUAUAUGGCUCGAUUUCUUAACAAUUGGCAUAUGUUUUAUCUUCAUCCACAUGGGAGAUCAAACUGGAGGUUGCAUAGUGAAAUGUCUAGCGUAGUUGAAGUUUUAAUAGGAGGAGCUCGUAUGAAGUAUCCAGUUUCUUAUGUGUUUGUUACAGAAGAAGAUCACUUAGAAGUGUUUCCAAGUUCUGAAAAUUCAUCUUCUAAAGACAGUGUUUUGCCCACCACCCAGCCUACUUUGAAACCUUGCAGUUUACCAACCCCAGGGUUAUUGACUCCCCCUAUGUCUCCUGCUGAAAAUAGUGCCUUGGGAGAUUUUUCUAGAUUUCAGAGUCCUUCGAACAAUAUAUCAUCUAAAAUACAGAUUGACACAGUCAAUACUAAAAAUGAUGUAGACUAUUCCAAUCUAAUUAUCCAUUCAGUUAGUCAAGAAUGCUAUGCUUCUAUUGUUCAUGAAAAAUCGGAAGACAGUUCGACUUUGUGGGAUUUUCAAGAUCCUGCUCUUGUUUCUAAUUGCAACUGCAAUAUUUGUAAAAGAAAAUACAACAAACUGAAAAGUAAUCCAGGCCAUAUAGGAAGAGAUGCAAGUAGUACAACUCCAUUUAGUAUCCCAAAUAGCUCUUAUAAUAAGAGUUGUAAAGGUGGAAAAGUGUACACACCAUUUCAUCUUAGACAAAGUUCAAUAUUCGAUAUACUUGAAGAUACUUCAAGUUCAUUUAAAAAGGACUGUGGAAAAUCUCUGAGUAUGGAUUUUAGGACUUGCUCUAAUACUACCAGUUUACCACAGCUUCACAGCCCUUUCUCUCAACUGAAAAAGCAAUCACUUCCAGCUAAUGCAUCUAGUGACACAUAUUAUUCUCAUUUGUCUUCCUCGGAUCCUGUUAUGCCCACAUUGUCACCACAACCUCCUGUUAUAAAAGAAGAACCUGAUGAAGUACAAACUGAGAUCAAUAUUUCUAGUCUGUGCAGAGACUCUUCACAAGGAGUUCCAUUAAAAGGGAAAAUAUCUGAUGAGCUUCUGUCUCCUUUUCACACUUCAUUAUUGAAUUCUUUUGAAAAUGCCAAAUUAUUUAACAAGAAAUCCCCUGCACCUUUGAGUAUAGAAGCUGAUCAGGUAGAUGAAGGUUCACAAGCAGAUGUGACAGGUUCUGUAAAUGCUGAAUGCCAAAUAGAAAAACCUACAUUACAGAAGCGAAGCCAUGAGGAAAAUGAUGAAGUUGAGCUGAUAAUGAAUAGUCUACUAUAUAACUAUCAACAUUUUGAUUCACCUUUAUGGAAUCCUACACCUGUAAAAAAACGUUGUUUACCUCCUCCUAACUCUCUUGGUGUACAUAAGAAUGAAUUAAAUGAUUCUAACUGUGAUAUAAUUGAAAAUGACUAUGAAUUGGAUGAAUCAGUGCCUUGUGCUCCCAAAGAUCCUUAUGAGUUCACUGAGUUUGAUGAAACAAGUCCAUCUGAAAGAGGAUUUCGUCAAAAAACUGAUAUAUUUUUAAAGGAUGAAAAAGUCCUCCCCAAUGCACCACCUAUGAAUGUAGUAUCAGCUACUGUUUCAUCUACUGUGCCUGUUCAGACUCAGGAUGGUAUGAUUUCUCAUUUAAAUGAUGACUCAGAUAAAGCCUUAUCACCAACAACAAAAAACUUUUGUCCUAAAUUCAUCCGAGAAGAAGACUUGGCUGUAUCUCUUCAUGAUUUGGAUAACAUCUUUGACACAUCAUCCUCUGAAGGAGAAGAUAAUGUUGAUGUGCCUGUUACCCCUUCAAAAUUGAUGCCGUAUGAUGAAUUUGCUGGGAAAAUUGAGUUAUCCCGGAUGUAUCCAACUCCUCCAUCUUUAGAACAACAUGCAGUGCCUUCGCCUUUCGGUCCUCUUACAGGGAAUGAAAUCACUACUACUGAAACUGAUGCCUUUAGAGAGGAUUUUGAAGUUGAGCAUUCUAAUAUAAUGAAUUAUGAACAUGAAAAUAUUGAUGUCUGGUAUCCUCCUUUAAUAACUGAAUUUAUAGAGUCCCCAAAGUAUGCUGCCUUAUUAACAUUGCCUUCAUUUGUUGAAUCAAAAUUGGACCAAGAAUUAGUAUAUAGACCUCUGUGGACUCAUUCAAAUUCAAGAAUCAGACUUAAUUCAGGAAAUGAGGAUAAUCAGAUCUUAGAAACUCAGCAAGUUUAUAGUCAGCAGACUGCUCUCUUUGAUGAAGAACAAACAUCAAGUAAUUUAUAUUCUCAGGAAAGUAUGAUUGAUUCAUCAUUUCCUAUGUCUAAUUGUGAAGCUGUAUCUCCAGCAUCAAGUGUUCCUUCAUACUUGAAUAGAAAUCUUAAUUCUAUGGAUGCAAGCAUGUCUCAUUCAGUGUUUGAAAUUCAUCCCUUACUUGUAAAUCUUCUUCUUUCUGAUUCACUGCUCAAUAUUUUUAAGGACCAUAAUUUUGAUUGUUGCUGCCUAUGUGUUUGUAACAUGAAUAUCAAAGGAUCAGAUGCUGGUGUUAUUCUUCCAAACACGCUUAUUCCAACAUGGAAUGAUGAACCACAGUACAAAUGCACAUGUGGAUUUAGUGCUGUGGUAUAUCGACAUAAGAGUUAUAAUUCUGGUCUUUUCUAUGAAGAUGAACUCGAAGUGACUGGAUCUGUCUGUGAUAAUUCAAACACUUCAAUUUAUUCAACUAUCAGCAACAAAUCAGAAACAGAGAUAAGUGAAUCUCAAAAGCUUUCAUUUCAGAUAGAAAAUAUACCAGGUUUUCUGCUUGACAUUAUAAAAGUGCAAUGUAAAACAAUUGCUUCCCCAUUUAGCUUGUUUCAUAAAUUCAGAUUAUCAGCUAAGAUGGAAUCCCAUUCUUUUUCAAAUGGCAUAGAAAUGUCUGAUGGCCGUGAGAUUUGUUAUAUGGCUUUGGAAGAAGCAAGAAUGUCUAUGGAAAAUCUAGUGUCCAGUAACAAAUUUGAUGAAAAUUUAAAGUCUUCUUGCCUUCAUAAGUGGCCUUAUAUUUCUAGUCCAUUACCUAGUUCAAGCAUUGACUUCAGACUGUUCUUAGAAUGUAUUAAGCCUUUGCUCCAAGUAGCAGUACAUAAAAAAACAACUCAGCGUUUGUGGGAUGUAACAUAUGUUGUGUCUGGACCUCUUACUUGGAGAGAAUUUCAUAGAUUAGCUGCACGAGGAGCGGAUGAUCAAUGUGAACCACAACCCAUACCAUCUUUAUUGUUAGGACAUGAUAAAGACAGUGUUGCACUAUCACCAUUUUCUCUAAAAUACUGGGAUAAACUGCACUUGGAACCAAGUUCAUCACCUAGAGAUGUGGCUUAUAUUGUUGUAGCUCCAGAAAAUGAUGCUGUCCUUUCUACAUUAAAAUCUUUCUUCAGGGAACUGAGUUGUACCUAUGAAUCACUAAACUUGGGUAAACAUCGCCCUAUCACCAAAGUAUUAAGAGAUGGGAUUAUGCGAGUUGGGAAGACUGCUGCAUCCAAAGUUGCCGAAGAACCUGUUAGUGAUUGGUUUAAUACUAUUGGUGAUGGACCUAUUUCUAAUAAGUUGAAGCUUUAUGCUCGUGUUUGUAAGCAUAGGCUAGCCCCUCAUUUAUCUACAUUAUCUCUCGAUAGCAGCAUUUUCAGUUCACCUCCAAAGACAUCUGAAACUAGUACUAGUAGUAGUGGUAGUUCAUUAUCUCAUUUUUCUGAAAACAAUGAGAAAUCUACAGUACCCAAACAAGAAUCUGAAUAUUCAACAGAAGCUCAUCCUGUAACUACUCAUGAACCACCUGAAGAAAACUGCCAAGAUGUUCCUGCAUUAGUCAUAUACAUUGUCGAACCUUUCACAUUUGGUCAAUCAGAUCCUGACAUGUAUCGCUUAGUAUCUCUGGGAAUCAUGCAUGCCUAUGCUGAUAUGAUUGCAAGUUUGCCUGAGGCAACAAAGAAUGCCAUUCAUCUGCAGGUGUUAAGUCUGGAUGCUAUCAUGUGUAAUGGUGGUGACAAAAUAAAAUUCAGAAAAAACAAAGCUAUAAAACAUAAUAAGGACAAAUUGAAGGCCCUGGCUCUGUCUGUAUAUUCCCAAUCUUACCUGUAUUCUUCCCACCAACAUUCAGUAAAGUCUCUGACUGGUUUUGGUCCUGCAGCAGCUCAAGAGAAGUUUAUAAAUAAUAGAAGUAGCAAAAUGUUUUAUCCCACACAAAUAUUCAAUCAGCCAUAUGUAAUAGCUUCUGUCAAAGAUAAGCAAACAGAAUUGGGGGAAAUGUUUGGAGACAGAAGAGAGAAAUGUGGAAUUUUGUAUUGCUCAUAUUGUUUGACACAAGACAGAAAGUAUAUAUUAGCAUGCUGUACAAAUGACAAAGGAGAAUUCACUGAAACAACUGUUAUUAACAUUGGUAUUCCUAAUAGACAUCGAAGGAAGCAAUGCUCUGUAAGGAAGUUUGGUCUUCGUAAGUUGCUGGAAUUUAUAUUGGAAGUUAUUUCUGUGUCUGUUCAUCCUUGGAGGAUUAUAAUUGACCGUUUUGGAAGAUUGGGGCAUGGAGAAUUGAAGGCAUGGGCUUCACUUCUGAAUCGGAAAUCACUGCAGUCAUAUUCCAAACAUUUGAGAGAGAUGUGUAAUCAGUGUAAUAUUUCUGGUGUUGGUGAUGGCCCAUCCAUACUUUCAGCUUGCUUGGUCUCUUUAGGACCAGAUUCUGCAUUAAGGAUAAUGCAUGAUCAGUUCACUCCUGAUGAUCGAUUUAGUAGUGGACGAUACAAAACAUGUUCUCUGAGUACGCCUGAAGAUGCAACAUGCACACAUAUUUUGGUGUUUCCAACAUCUGCAAUAACACAGUCUGCUCAAGCAACUUUCCAUCAAGAACAUAUUGAUCCAUUACCUGGUGAUCUUUUUGAAACCCUUGAUGAUGACGAUUUACCUGGGCCAGAUAUGAAUGACAUUUUUCAUUGGACAGAAAGUCCUCAGAGUCCUGGAAAUUCUCCCCGUCGUGAUGGUUGCUCCCAACCCUCUAGUCCUGGUUCAUCAUUCAGAUUGUCUUCAUCCAAUCAUGGUGAACAAAAUAAAUGUGAAAGUAUUUUAACAGAAAGCCAAGAUGAAGCUUUACAAUUGUUGCAGCAGCCAUUAGCAUUGGGAUAUUAUGUAUCUACUGCAAAAGUAGGUCCUGUUCCCAAAUGGUUUUGGGCAUCUUGUCCUCAGAUGGAAAACAAAUUGCCUGUUUUUUUAAAGUCUGCAUUGCUUAUUCAUUUACCAUUUAUUCAACAAAGUUCAGAUGAAUGGCUGCCUAAUAAUAGCCAACAACAACUCCUUUGUCAUCCUCUUGAUUCAAACUUCACUACAGAUGUCUUGAGGUAUGUUUUAGAAGGAUAUAAUGCUUUAUCUUGGCUCCAACUUGAUUCCAAAUAUUCUGACAGGCGUUCUUGUCUCCCAAUUCAUAUGCAAAUGUUGAUGCAGUUAUAUGGUAUUGUUGAAACUAUUUUGUGAUAGACAAGUGGUGAUACUUAGUCAAAAAGUAUAUUAUUCUCAUCAAUAUAUAUAUAAGAAAAAUAUCUAUUGUAAUGAUAUUUUAACAUUUGUACAGCUGUUUUCCAGAUGUUUUAAGUGAGAUAUAUUAAUUUUUAAUGAAAUGCUGUUUUUAUAUGAAUAAAUGGUUCCAUUCUCAUAGUGUUAAUCUAGUUAAAGCUGAAAGUAUAUCUGAAGAGAGAAAAAUCAAAGGUUUUAUAUUUUUGUUCAUUUUCAUAUUUUUAUCUCUUAAAUAAUUCUAAGUCAUGGGACAAAAUUUCUUUCUACGUUUGACUGUAUUAUAAGUAAAGCAGUUAUAAAAUAAUAUUUAUAUGAGAGAAAAUUUGUGAUUAAAUUGUUAAAACUGAUUUUAAGUAUUUAUUUUUACAUUUUUUUUCCAGUAUGUUAUUUAACUUAAGAUUUUUUACCAAAUUAGAAAUUGUUCAGUAGCUAUUUAUGACAUGUUCUACAUUGGAAAUUUAAAAAAAAAAUUUUAUACGAAACACAGGCCUGUGCCUGUCUUUUUUAUUGAUGCCUUCAUUGUUUUGAUACAAUCAAAAUAUUUUAUAAAUAUAUAGUGGCGUGAAGUCAUUGGUGGGACAUUUGAUGCUGUAUUGUAUAAGAUCAAACAUUAGAAGUGCAGGUUUCUGUGCAAUAUAACAAUAUUGUAAGAUAUUUUUGCAAUUAAAAAACUUAAAAGCUUAAAAAAUAGUAAUGAGCUAUUUUCUUACCUUAAUUUUACUAAAUAUUUUUAAAUACUAUUAUUUGGUUGGUUUAACAUUUUUUGAUUUAAAGCUAACUAGAAUAUUUAUGUAGAAUUGUUUUAGGUCAUUUUAUUUUUCAAAUUUUUCUAAUAAGAAUUAUUGUAGCAACUAUUCAGCAUUUAGAGUUGUUAAAACCAGUUAUAAAUGCCAUUUAUGAAGAGAAUGUGAUAAUGUAUUUAUGGAAAGGAAUGGUGUAUUUUUGUUUAAUUAUUCAUUGUUUUUGUAUAUCAAAAAACUUUCAAAAGUUGCUUAUUAUGAAAUCCUUAUUUUAUAAGAAUGCUAUUUUAAUUUGUUGAAGACAAAAGUUCACUGUUUAAUAUUGAGUUAUAAAAUAUUAACCAGUUUCAAAUUCAUACUUAUUUAUAGUCUUUAAA